CUUCUGUCAGGCGGCCGGCGGACGUCAUUCUCGCAGUUUUGUUUGAAUUUCGUGAGUUUUCUGACUUGGAACGCGCUGGAAUUUGUAAAUUAAAAUCACAGGAAAAUGGGUGAAGUGGCUGACGAAGAAAACACGACGCCAAAUAAGCCCAAACAGUCGAAAAAGGCCCGACAACGGAAGAAAAGCUACUUCAAUGCAAUUCGUAAACAAAUGGAGUUCUAUUUUGGCGACGCGAAUUUAUCCAAAGAUCGUUUUCUGAGGAAACUGAUCGAGGAGGAUCCUUAUGUCCCGCUCAGUACGUUUAUGACCUUUAAUAAAAUCAAGAAACUCGCAAAAUCUGUGGAGGACAUCACGAAAGCCUUGAAGAAUUCAGAGCUGUUGGAAGUCAAUGGAAAUCUGACAGGGGUACGACGCCGCAGUGAAAUCCCCGAAGUUCACGAUGCCGAUGAUAAGACGGUCUACGUGGAGUCGCUGCCGCAGGACGUGGAUCACGACUGGGCCAUUAAAGCCUUCAGUCGGUUCGGUGCGGUUGCGUAUGUCUCUCUGCCCAAGUAUAAAAACUCGAAUAAACUCAAGGAGUUCGGCUUUGUGGAGUUCGAGGCCGUUAGCUCGGUUGAGAAGGCACUGAAGGCCUUUCGAGCGUUCAACGGAGUCCUUUGCUACGAGACCACCAAACCGGAGGAGCUGAUGAGCGUUCAGUCGUUCAUCAAGCAGCAAGAACUGGACAAAUCAAGCGAAGCUGCUUCACAAGAUAACAAGACGGUACCUGACAAAGAUGCGGAAUCGGACUGCUGCUCGUCAGCGUCCUCGGAUAGCUUACAGCCGCCUGCGAAAAGGAUAAAACUAUCCGACACUGAGACUCCAACGUCCGAGCUAGAAUCAGAGGUUAAACCGAGCAAGAAAACGCGGAAGCAUCGAAAGAAAACCAAACUCGUCGACAUAGACCGCGAUAACGUUCCAGACAUAACGCAACUGAGGAUCACCACGAAAAAGGAAUGGAAGCGAUUGCGGAAUAAGUAUUUGAAUCUCCAACGCGAGAAAAUGGCAGAAUUAAAGCGUCACAUGUCAAGUAAUCGAGGCCCAAAGGUGCCCCGGUCGGCGCCACCGCCGCGGUUACCAGUUCAUCGGAGUCCGCACAACAUGAAUUUCUACCAAGACCGCGAUAAAGGAGGUGACAAGGACGCGGAUCAACCGAAUCCGUCCCACAACCAAACUAAGAACGAAGAGAAACAGGAGUCAGCACUUCCCAACGGGGCUCAAAGUAGCACCACUAGAAGACAAGCCAAGGAACAGACUACUCUGCACUACGAGUCGGGACUGAUCAUAGCCGUUCGUCUGCUGGAACCAUGCGUGGAUGUUAAAGGAUUCAAAGCGGAGAUGCGUCAAUACGAGCAAGUUAAGUAUGUUGACGUCAAGGAAGGAGCCGUGGACGCGUUUCUACGAUGCGACUGUGCAGUUGGGGCGCAGAACCUUGUGAAACAGAUUGCCUGUGCCGAAUACACAUGCGAAAUUCUGUCGAGCGCCCGAGAGGAGGCUUAUUGGAAGAAGAUCAUGCAGGAUCGAGCGGAUAAGCUGGAGAAAAGGGUGAAAAUCCCGUCAAAACGUGGUCGUGAGAAGAUCAAGCAACAAAUACCCAAUCAUAUCCGAUUUGAUGAAGACUAGCCCCUGCCGGAGUCAUGUUUUUCUGAUUCAAUUCCAGUGUGUCUGCCGUUGUUUGAAUGAAACUCGCAAAUUAUAAACUAUUUCUUAGGAAA